CACAUCGAUUUGAAGAGACAUAUUAGAGAGAAAAGUGAAUAAAAACUCUUGUAAACAACUUUUCGGAUUCGCCGGCAAGUUCGCACCGGGACUUUAAUACACGAACUGACUACUUCAGAAGACCCGAGGAACUUCACAAGGACAUUUUAAGGUCAACGAGUACAACGUUGAACAGUGAUUGUAGAAACCCAUCCCAUUUACGAGCAGUGCGAUAUCAGCCAAUAAAUGCCACAACACCAGUACCCUAUUCACAAGUAAUGGGACACUAAGUCAACGGACGAUCCUGGGCAGUGAUCCGGAGAGGAGGGAAGUGCCACCAGACACGCUCUCUGCCCACAACCCACGAUCUACACACAAUGUACACAUAGGGUACCAGAAGUGUGGAAAGAUGGCGCGUAUAGAGAGGAGAUAUUAAUUUAAGAUGGCCGUCGCGCGCGCGGUCCUUGUCCUCCUAGCAUCCACGGCUCAAGCCUGGAUGCCGGAUGCUAACGCACGCAUACAUAUCAAAUAUGGUGAUGAAACUUCAGAACAGUUCGUAGGCAACGCGACAGCGCCGGACCAUUUCCGCAUAUUAGACAAAGAUGACUUCUCCAUUAUAGUUGGUGGCAGGAACACAGUGUACAACCUAAGCCUCUACGACCUGUCAGAAAAUGUAGAACAGCGUUUGGAGUGGCAAUCGACGGACGCACACAGAGAAUUAUGCCAAUUAAAGGGCAAAUCUGCAGAUGAAUGCCAGAAUUAUCCACGAGUGGCGGCACGUUCACACGGCCGUCUCCUAGUCUGCGGCACCAACGCAUUCAAACCAUUAUGCCGUCGGUACGCGAGGCACCCACCGAACCAUCACCUAGAAGAGAGUGAUGGAUCAGGACGCUGUCCUUACGAUCCUCAACAUAAUUCUACUGCAAUUUUUGUUGAUGGUCUAUUAUACACCGCAACAGCAGCCGACUUUUCUGGGACCGAUCCUCUGAUCUAUCGCGAACCUGUACGAACUGAGCGCUCCGACCUUCGUUUGCUCAAUGAUCCAUCAUUUGUGGGGGCAGUGGCUUCUACUAGCCAUGUCUACUUCUUCUAUCGUGAAACUGCUGUGGAAUUUAUGAACUGCGGAAAGGCGGUUUACUCAAGAGUAGCAAGAAUAUGCUUAAAUGACAAAGGAGGGCCACAUACGUUCAGCGAUCGCUGGACAUCAUUCUUGAAAACUCGCCUCAACUGUUCCAUGCCUGGAGAAUAUCCUUUCUAUUUCGAUGAAAUACAGGCUACCACAGAACUAAUAAAUGGAAUAUAUGGUAAAAGUAGCAGCAAAAACGAUAUCAUAUACGCAGUUUUCACAACGCCCCAAAAUGCCAUUGGAGGUUCAGCUGUAUGUGCUUUUGCAAUGAGAGAUAUCAUUGAUGCAUUUGAAGGAUCUUUCAAAGGUCAAGAAAGUAUGAACUCAAACUGGCUACCUUUAGAAAAAGAAAAGAUACCAGAGAACAGACCAGGAUCAUGUGUUGAAGACAGCCGAACCCUUUCUGAUUCAGCUGUCAAUUUCAUAAAAACACACCCACUUAUGGAUAAAGCUGUUCCAUCAUUCUUAGCUCGGCCAGUGCUCAUUCGAGUUAGUCUACAAUACAGAUUUUCAGCUAUUGCGGUUCAUCCUCAAGUUCAAGCGAUGAACGGAAACAAGUACGACGUCAUGUACAUUGGUACUGACGACGGAAGAGUUAUCAAAGCUGUCAAUGUAGCAGCUAACGAGGGUGACUUUGAUGCCAGUGUAGACGAGUACAGUAGGAACCCCGUAAGAACCGCUGUGAUUUCAGAAGUCCAAGUAUUACCUCAAGGCGUGCCUAUAAAACAAAUGCACGUCGCUUUAACCACAGAGAAAUUAAUUGUUGCCUCCGGCGAUAUUAUUAGGGCAGUGACAUUAUCUCACUGUGGGAACGUGCAAUCGUGCAGGGAGUGCGUUGCGUUGCAGGAUCCACACUGUGCGUGGGAUUCCAAGCAGCAAGUUUGUUCUUGGGUUGGAAACAGGCAAUUUCCCAAUCCUGAGAGGUUUCUACAAAAUGUAGAAUAUGGAAAGACUGAUAUAUGUAAUAAGUUGCCAGCCCUCUUGCCGGGUGAUAGACAUAGCAAUAGAAAUCCAGGCACUAAGAAGCCUACGCAAUCAGAAUCUGAUAUGCGUCAAAAAACUGAUGACAUCCAAAAUGAAAUACUAAUAGAGGUUGUGGAAACGAAUGUGUUAUCCGAAGAUAAAACUACUAAUAACAACAAACAUGAGACAGACUUGCUGACUGUGGAGGCCGCUGACGGUAACAUUUACAGCGCACAAGCUUUGCUAACUGCCGUCGUAGCGUCCUGUCUCGUUACGCUAAUGGUCGGAUUCGUUAUUGGGUAUCUUUUCUCACGGCGAUUUCGACACCCGUUUUUUACCGAUACCUCACCCUUCAAUGAACAACAUAAUCAUUUGAACAGAUUGAGCCCGUUAGAAACACCGUUAAAUGCCAACACUGCGUAUAUGCCUCGAUCGAAAAACGUGAACAUGGUAGCGAACGUGUGUCCGAAACAGGACAACUUGCACAUGGAGCUCGGCAAAGAGCGCACACUUGACCUACGAAACUCCACCGAGUCCUUAGACAAGGACCUAAAGUGCGGCACCUUACAAAAGGUGAAAAAGACUUAUAUUUGAAAAUUACCUAAACAAACUGUUUACGGAUCCAUUGCGAAGUGACUGAGACGCAGUGUCGUGUCGCGUGUGCCAAGUCUUCCGAAAUCGUUCGGCUAAGACAGUGUUUUAAUGUGAUUGACUCAGUGUUUACUAUGAUUUGUGUAUGUACAUAACGUGUCUCGUCUCCUUCCUGUGUACAGUCUACUGGUUAUUCCUUAGAUAAUGUUGUUAUUUACUCGAGUAUGGUGAAUAUUGCAUUUAAAAGAUGACACAAGUAUCAGAAGGACUGUUAACAUUUAGGAACUGUAUGUUUUUAAAUCUAUUAUCACUGACCGUGUAAUUGUUGUUUCUAGAUGAAAUCAUUAAAUGAUGUUGAUCAUAAAAUGAAAAAAAUCGUUGCGUAUAUCAUAAAAGUUAAAGGACAACAAUAAAUCAGACUGAUAUGACUCAUUUAAUAUACACCGAUUGUAAAUAUUCGGCUUUAGUGUUAGUUAGGUACAGUUUUGUCACAUUCCAUAAUCCUAAUUAUGUAGGAAAUAAUAUCAAGGUGCAGCUAUAUAAUUGUAAAUAUAAUUAAAUGUAUAUA